AUGUACUCCAGGUUGCAGUGGGAGUGGACGGAGAGCUUCGGUCCCUCCGAGCCGACAGCUCUACAGUCUACUGUCCAUCGAAAUGGUGACGUCACUGAUUUCACGCUUCAGUGGAGAGGACCAGACGAUUCUUCCGUUCGAGAUUUGCAAGGAUUUCUAAUCGAAUACGAGGAUGGUGAUAUUUUUCACGAAUUUGUUAUGGAUCUCCGAGGAAAUGAGUUAGUUUUUCAGAGACCAAAUGCCACGAAGAUAACAUACCAUAUGGCCUGUCAACAUAGCAACCCCUUCUCAGAAGCCGUUACGCUGCGUGUUUACGUCACGAGUCUACCAAAGUCCUUCAACCCUGACCUAACAGACAAGGUCAUCAGGGGCAACAUUUCUAUAUUCAUUCCAAAAUAUAUAUCUCCAAACCCUCCCAGGGAAGUACCGAGUACCCAGAGUCUCAGAACGUCACGGAACGAAGAGACGUUAACGACAGGAGUCGGAAAUAUUCCAUUCAUCAUUCUUGCUAUUAUUCUGUCAUUUAUCGUCUUUCUAGGAAUUCCGGCAUUUUUAAAGUUCAAAGGAAAAGCAGUUUGGAUGAAGAUGAGAAUUCUUCGGAAAAGACGAGACCCUGCCCAUGUUUCCAGUCAAGGAUGUGGUCUCAAAGAUACAACUGCAAAGAAAAUUGUAAUAACUGAAGAAACACAAAAAAGAAUGUGCCAAGAAGUCUGUGUUCCAUUUAUUGUCGAAUACGAAACAAUGACGUCACUUCCUCAUUGUGAACCGUGUUACAAACAUAUGGACAGCUAUGAUUCUGGUUUUCAUUCGGAUUGUGCAGUGCCUUACGCUAUUGAUUCAGAUUCAAAAUAUGAAACAGAGAAAGAAAUUGCAAGAGAAUCAGAGAAACAAACAAUGUUACCCAGGACUAGUCAUGUGAAAGCGGAAGUCGAUGGAGGGCGUCGUUCAUUCUCGUUGUUUCACGCCCCGCCAUCAGAAAAUGGUUCAGUAACGUCACUGGAUUCAGAAAUCUUGGAGAGAGAAAUUCUUCGGAUAAAUAAGAUUAAUACCAUGGAAGAUGAAAAGGGUUGACUUUAAACCGGAUUUUAUGUUGUACAUGUUUACAUUUUCCAGUGUAAAGAAAUUGGAGAAUGCAUUU